CCCCCACACCGACACCCACCGACACCCCCCGCCCGGGGCUCCGGGACCGGACACCGAGGCGAGGCAGCGGGAACACCGGGAGCGCCAAGUCCGGGCAGCGGGAGCAGCGCCGUGGAGCACCGAGAGCGUUUGGUCGGGACAUCGGGAGCGCCACGUCCGAGCACCGGGAGCCGUCCCGCCGCGCACGGUAGAGCGGGAGACCGGGAGCCGUCCAGGCAGCAAGGGGACCAGCAGAUACGGACAGCAGGAGCCGUCGAGGCAGCACCGGGCACGGCAGAUACGGGCAGGAGGACCGGCCGGCUGGGCACCGGGCACACUAAACCCGGGCGCAGCAGCUCGGGGCACCAUGGGCCGCCCCAGCGCGCUGCCCGCCCUGGCCUGGCUGCUGGUGGGGCUGAGCGUGCCGGUGCCGUGCCGCAGCCAGCUGCACGGUGAGAAGGGCAUCUCCAUCCCCGACCACGGCUUCUGCCAACCCAUCUCCAUCCCGCUCUGCACCGACAUCGCCUACAACCAGACCAUCAUGCCCAACCUGCUGGGUCACACCAACCAGGAGGACGCAGGGCUGGAGGUCCACCAGUUCUACCCCUUGGUGAAGGUGCAGUGCUCGUUGGAGCUCAAGUUCUUCCUGUGCUCCAUGUACGCGCCGGUGUGCACGGUGCUGGAGCAGGCCAUCCCGCCAUGCCGCUCCAUCUGCGAGCGCGCGCGCCAGGGCUGCGAGGCCCUCAUGAAUAAAUUUGGGUUCCAAUGGCCGGAGCGGUUACGUUGUGAGAACUUCCCCCGGCACGGUGCCGAGCAGAUCUGCGUGGGGCAGAACCAUUCCGAGGAUGGUGGCUCACCGGCAUUGCUCACCAGUGCCACCCCUUUGGCCGGCCAGGGCACCCCAGGAGCCCCCCGUUAUGCUACCCUUGACCACCCCUUCCACUGCCCACGGGCGCUGAAGGUGCCCAGCUACCUCAACUACAAGUUCUUGGGUGAGAAGGACUGCGCGGCACCCUGCGAGCCCACCCGUCCCGAUGGCCACAUGUUCUUCAAUGAGGAUGAGAUCCGUUUUGCCCGUAUCUGGAUCCUCAUCUGGUCCGUUUUGUGUUGUGCCUCCACCUUCUUCACUGUCACCACCUACCUGGUGGACAUGCAGCGUUUCCGCUACCCUGAGCGACCCAUCAUCUUCCUCUCAGGGUGCUACACCAUGGUGUCUGUGGCCUACAUCGCCGGCUUCGUGCUGGAGGAGAGGGUGGUCUGCAACGAGCGUUUCCAGGAGGAUGGCUACCGCACGGUGGUACAGGGCACUAAGAAGGAAGGCUGCACCAUCCUCUUCAUGAUGCUCUACUUCUUCAGCAUGGCCAGCUCGAUCUGGUGGGUCAUCCUCUCCCUCACCUGGUUCCUGGCCGCCGGCAUGAAGUGGGGCCACGAGGCCAUCGAGGCCAACUCCCAGUACUUCCACUUGGCUGCCUGGGCUGUGCCGGCCGUCAAGACCAUCACCAUCCUGGCCAUGGGGCAGAUCGACGGGGACCUGCUGAGCGGCGUCUGCUUCGUGGGCCUCAACAACAUCGACCCUCUCCGGGGCUUCGUGUUGGCCCCGCUCUUCGUCUACCUCUUCAUCGGUACCUCCUUCCUCCUGGCCGGCUUCGUCUCCCUCUUCCGCAUCCGCACCAUCAUGAAACAUGGAGGGACCAAAACAGAGAAGCUGGAGAGGUUGAUGGUUCGCAUCGGGGUCUUCAGCGUCCUCUACACCGUCCCGGCCACCAUCGUCAUCGCGUGUUACUUCUACGAGCAGGCUUUCCGUGAGCACUGGGAGCGCAGCUGGAUCAGCCAGAACUGCAAGAGCUUGGCCAUCCCCUGCCCGCUCCACUUCACCCCCCGCAUGACCCCCGACUUCACCGUCUACAUGAUCAAGUAUCUCAUGACUCUCAUCGUGGGCAUCACCUCCGGCUUUUGGAUAUGGUCGGGUAAAACCCUGCACUCGUGGAGGAAGUUCUACACGCGACUCACCAACAGCAAGCAGGGCGAGACCACGGUGUGACCCCCCCUGUGCCCGGCCACCGCCGCUGCCCUUCGCCUUCCGUUGGGGGUUUUUUGGGGGGAUUAUUAUAUAUUUUUUAUUUUUAGAUUUAUUAACGUCUGAGGGGUGUCUCUUUCUCUUUGAUUUUUUUUUUUUUUUGUAAUUAAACCUGUAAAUAGCAUUUGUAAAAUUAAUUAUAUAUUUCUAUUUAAAACAUGGUAAAAGAGGAGGGGGAAAAAAAGGAGAAAAUGGAGGGGGAAAAGAGAAAAAGGAAGGGCGGGAAUGGUAAAAGGAAAGGAAAAAGAGAAAAAUGAGAGAAAAAAGGGAGAGGAAAAAUGAAAACGAGAAGAAAAAUGAGAUAAAAAGAGGAAAAAUAUAAAAAGGAAAGCAAAAAGGAGAGGGAACAGGGAAAAGAAAAAGGAGAGGGAAAGGGGAGAAAAAAGGAGAAGAAAAAGAGGAAAAGGAGAGGGAAAAGAGAAAGGAGGGAGAAAAGGAGAAGAAAAAGAGGAAAAGGAGAGGAAAAAGAGAAAGGAGGGAGAAAAGGAGAAGAAAAGGGGAGAAGAUGAGAAAAAAAAGAGAAAAAACAGGGAGAGGCAAAAAGGAGAGGAAAAAGGAAAGGAAAACUGAACGGGAGGAAAAGGAGGGAAAAAGGAGGAGAAAAAACUGUGGAGAAAGGGAAAAAUUCCUGCCGAGGCUGGGAAAGGGUCCUGCCUCCGUGUCCCCUCUCGCUGCCGUCGGGUUCCCCCUCCCCGCGGUGCUGCGGUGGCCAAGGAACGGGAAAAGGAACGGGAAUGGCUCCUGCUCGCUCCGGCCCUUCCCUUCCCUGCCAGCCCCCGAAAAAAGGGGGGAAAAGGACAAAACCCCAAAGAAAAUCCUAUUUUUCUUUGGGAAAGUUGAUUUUCCCACCCCUCUUUGCUGGCUCCCCCAGGACGGGGCUGUGUUUGUGUGUCCCCCCCCCGGGCUGGAGUCCCUGCCUGUCCCCUGCCUGUGCCUCCCCCCGCUCGGCCACAGACUUUUCCUCCCAAAUCACUUUUUAAACCGUCCUGCAAAUACAAACGACUAAAACCAA